AUGGUAGUCGUGCCAACAAAUACCUCUUUGAAUGUAACUCACGCUGAACAUGUAUCUUCUUUCGAUACAAAUGGUUCGAUAAUAUAUAUCAUUGGUGUUAUGAUAUGGUACGCAUUUGGUUUUGGUCUGAUACUAAUUGACGAUAUCAAUCCUCAGCCAGGUCGUAUUGAAUCACGACGACAUGUUAGUGUUUAUCAAACAGUGAGUGAUUUACAUGAACAGCAAGAUCGGAAUGAUAUCUUGGUUGAACUAAAAGACAAAGAGAGACGUGCAAAACUAUGGCAAAUCUACUACGGUGUGCACGCGAAUCAUCCAACUACAAUUGCCAAAGAUAACGAAGCUGUUGAAUUAAUAAUCAAACAAUUAAAUGAUUUAAACGAACGACGUCGUGUACUGCGAGAUACUUUAACUGAAAUCAGCCUCGAUCAUCCCGAUGAAGACUUUAAAGUUGAUGAUAGUGAUUCAGAAAGUUUCUAUGGUGUGACAGUGACUCGAAAAAGGCAGUCCAGCUGGAUGUGA